ACGGUCGGAGCGCGCGGCGGUUUCGAGCGCGGUGAUGACGACGCUCUUCAGUCUGUGGUCCCCGAGCAUCCAAGAGCGGCCAGUGAGGCAAGAGGGACAAGCGGACAGCUCCCACUCACUUUUGUUUUUUCUCCCAAGAAUGAAGAUGCUUCUGCUUGGUAUCUGGAUCCUGCUGGCCUUGAUGUCUUGUCCUGGGAUCACAGAAGAGCUGUUUGAAGUGUCUGUGUGGCCACACCAGGCCCUGGUGGAGUUUGGACAGUCCCUGACUGUCAACUGUAGCACUACCUGCCCAGACCCUGGGCCCAGUGGAAUCGAGACCUCCGUCAAGAAGAGCCAGCUGGGCAAAGGGCCUCAGUGGAAGGAGUUUCUCCUGGAGGAUGUCACGGAGAACUCCGUCCUGCAGUGCUUCUUCUCCUGUGCAGGGGUGCAGAAGGACACAGCGCUCCACAUCACCAUCUACCAGCCACCAGAGCAGGUGAUCCUGGACUUGCAGCCCGAGUGGGUGGCCGUGGAUGAAGCUUUCACAGUGAAGUGUCAUGUGCCUAGCGUGGCACCCCUGCAGAACCUCACCCUUACCCUUCUUCAGGAUGACCAAGAACUACACAGAAAGGAUUUCAUGAGUUUAUCUGGGCCAUCCCAAAGAGCAGAGGUCACCGUCAAUGUCAGAGCCCAACGGGAGAGUGACAGGAGUAAUUUCUCCUGCCGUGCAGAACUGGAUCUGAGCCCACAAGGUGGGGGGUUGUUUCAUGGCCGCUCAGCCACCAAGGAACUCCGGGUCUUUGAAUUCUCUCAGAGUCCCCAGAUCGGGGUGUCUUCACUCCUGGAGGUUGGGGUGGCAGAGACCAUGAACUGUGAGGUGGCCAGGGUGUUUCCCGCCCAGGAAGCUGUCUUCAGAAUGUUCUUUGAAGGCCAGGAGCUGAACCCCUUCUCCUCCUGGAAGGGAGAUGCAGCGUGGGCCAGCGCCACCGUUCGGGCCAUGGAGACCGGGGACCAGGAGCUGACCUGCCUUGUGUCUCUGGGUCCCGUGGAGCAGAAAGUCAGGACACCAGUGCAUGUCUACAGUUUCCCUCCACCAAUCCUGGAGGUAGAAGAUGCUUACCCUCUGGCAGGGACGGAUGUUAAUGUGACCUGCUCAGGUCAUGCGUUAACAUCACCUAGCCCUACUCUUCGGCUUCGGGGAGCCUCAAACCUCUCUGCUCCUGGGGAGCCUGCCUGGCUUCAGUUUACUGCCAGAGAGGAAGAUGAUGGCCGGAAUCUCUCCUGUGAGGCGACUCUGGAGGUGCAGGGCCAGCGGUUGCUCAAAACGACCGAGAUCCAGCUUCAUGUCUUGUACAAGCCUCGGUUAGAGGAAUCCAGAUGCCCCGGCAACCAGAUAUGGGUAGAAGGGAUGGAUCAAAUGCUUGCCUGCAUCCCAGAGGGAAACCCCGCCCCAGCUUUGGUGUGUAUCUGGAAUGGGAUGAUCAUUGACCUUGAUGUACCUCAGAAGGCCACCCAGAACCGCACUGGAACCUACUGCUGCACGGCCACUAACCAGCUUGGCUCUGUCAGCAAAGAUAUUGCUGUCGUCGUCCAAGGACUGCAUGAAGGGAUCGCCCCCUCCACCAUCUUCAUCAUCAUCAUUUUCACUCUUGGCAUGGCUGUGAUCACCAUAGCACUGUACCUGAACUACCAGCCCUGCAAAAGAAACGGGAGGAAACGGGCCUCUAGGCAGAGAGAGCUGAGCAGAGACGAGGAAAGCCAGUUUGCUGACAUAAAGGCAGAAGAGUGUAACUCACAUCACUGCUGACCAGAGAUGACUCUGCUUGAGUGACUUCCGCUACCAGCCUUUAACGGGGAGGAGGGAGGAAGAGACAGAUGUGAGGCUACAUUCCCGUCCUGCACUGGCCCCUCACUGGCCCCUCACUGGCUUGUACCAGUCCGUCGGGAGCUUGCCUUUCUCUUUUGAGUUUAUUCCAGUUUCUAGAAAUUUCAGUCUGAUUGUUGACUGGCGAUGGAGCCUCUCGCUCCUUACUGUGUUUAACUGCCCACUCUUGAGUACACAGAAGGCCCUGCCCUUGCCCCUCAUUCCCACUGCUCACUCCUCAACCAGAAAAUGAGAAAGAUCAUCGGAAAUAUCCUGGAAUACAUUGCUCAGGGUUUCCUGAUGACUAACUGGGAACUUCUUUUGUAGUUCAGGGACAAGACUCCAUGGGGGUAGGUAGCAAAUAAAUGGGCAGGAAUCAGAGCCCUACUCCCCUGUCCACACCCCCUACUCCCCAGACAGUACCCAAGGACAUCAUAAAAGCUCUGGCUGAUUCGGCUUCACCCCAGGAAUGCUCUGCAACUUCAUAUUGGGUCAGAGAAGUAGCUUAGCUACUUUAUAACAAACAAACCCAGGGCUUACCAUGCAGCACAAGAUGGCCUCAGACUUGUGAUCUCCCUGCCUCAGCCUCCUGAGUGCUGGGAUUACAAGUGUAUGCCAUCACACCCUAACUUUUUUUGGGGGGUGCUUUAAAGUAGAAGUAGAAUACUUCCAUGGAAUUGGUCUAAUAGGUCAAGGGCAUCGCACUCUGAAUUCCUUUUUGUAAAAGACUGAGUCCCACAUAUGCUCUCCGUCUCCACAGAGAAUUGCCUGUUUUCAUCUUCUGCAAGUAAGUCCCCUGGGAAGGAGGUACAUAACUCCAUAACAAAGUGUGUGCCUAACAUGCAGGUGGGUCUCAGCUCUGUCACCCCUCCCCCAGUCCUCUGUGACAGUGUUAACCGUGUACUUUAACAGUCCAGCUUCCUCCACUGCCCUUUGGAAGGAGUAUGUCCACCGUGGUGAAGGCCUGAGCAUCAAGCCAGGCCUCUCCUCCAGAGCUGUCAUGAGCUGUUUGCUAAGAUGUUAGCUGUGAUAAAAAUAAAAUAGAUUUUGUGAUAUCUGGA